UGUACUUCUCUAAUCAUGCGUUAUAAAGUUUAUUAACCAUAAGCUUUUUCUAGUUAUUAAUAAAUUUUAAUAAAAUUGCUUCAACUAAAAAUUGUGAUGAUAAAAAAAUCAAAUUUAUCGGAGAUACGCUCUUUACGAGCGACAUACUUACAUAACCUCUUGGCCGGUCAGUUCGUACUGUUUUUUUUAGAGAAUGAAGAAUUUAUUUACAUUUAGCUUGCAUUUGAGGACAUAUGUCUUUGUAUUGGUACAAAAAUAGUGCUCCAGCGACUCAAAAUUCGAUUUGCUAAUAAAUUUCAGUGACCCAAGAGUGUUUUUAUAGAUAGAAGUAAAAAUCUGCUUCUUAAAAACUAUUAUCGAAAAAUGUCGGUGGAUCCAGAAGACAGUCUCCUUGAAGCUGCUAGGCAGCUAGUACCAAGCUUAUCCAGUGCAAAGCAUAAAGGCCAGGAUGGAAGAAUUGGCAUUGUUGGGGGCUCGUUGGAGUACUCUGGUGCUCCGUACUUUGCUGGGAUGAGUGCACUUAGGACUGGGGCUGACUUGGUGCAUAUAUUUUGCUGCAAAGAGGCUAGCAUACCCAUAAAAUCCUUUAGCCCAGAGCUCAUUGUCCAUCCAGUUUUGGACAAUGACAAUGCCUUGAGUCACAUCGAACCAUGGCUGGACAGAUUACACGUUCUGGUGAUUGGACCAGGACUCGGAAGGGACCCAAAAGUUUUUGAAAAUGUUUCUAAACUAAUCAAAACCUGCUUUCGUCUUUCAAAGCCUCUGGUUAUUGAUGCAGAUGGUUUGUUCUUGGUUGGUCAGAAUACAAGUUUAAUUAAGAAUUAUCCUGGUCUCGUGCUCACUCCCAAUGCCAUGGAAUUCACAAGACUAGUCCAAGCAUUUCUGCACAAGACAGUGCAGCCAACACCUGUUGCUUCCGAUGCACUUAUCAAAGAAUUAGCCAAAGCCAUUGGCACUCAAGUAAUUGUUGUGGCCAAGGGAGCAGAGGACAAAAUCGGUGACGGCCAAGUGGACACGCCAACAAUAUCUUGCGCAGCACGAGGCUCAGGACGACGCUGUGGCGGUCAGGGUGAUCUGUUGGCAGGUUCGCUCUGUGUCUUUACCACCUGGUCGUUGGGGAGCAUGCAACCACCUCGAGCAUCGAUGAUUGCCUGUUACGCGGCAUGUCGGCUUGUACGCGAAACGAACAGGAGUGCCUUUUCUAUGAAACAUCGAGGUAUGCUCGCUAGCGAUAUGCUGGAUCAAGUGGCAAAUACGUUUGCUAAAUUUUUCGAGACAAGUGUUUGA